CGUGACGUCAGAACCGGACUGGGUAAACUGAGCAGGGCUCUGGGGCGCUGGGGCGGAGAAGGCGACCUGGAGCUGCGUGGACGCACGGACUGAGAACCGGGCAGUGUUGCAAGAACCCAGCAGGCAUUCGCAGCACAGCAGAGCCAUGGCCCUGAGCGAGCUGGCUCUGCUGCGAUGGCUGCGGGACAGCCGCCACUCGCGCAAGCUCAUCUUGUUCAUCGUGUUCCUCGCGCUGCUGCUGGACAACAUGCUGCUCACCGUCGUGGUGCCCAUCAUACCCAGCUACCUGUACAGCAUCGAGCAUGAGAAAAACACUACAGAAAUCAAGCCAGCACUCACAGCCACCACCUCAGGAACCUUACAGGGCAUAUUCUCCUACUAUGACAACUCUACCAUUCCCGUCACUGGAAAUGUCACUGGAAAUGCCACCGGUGGCCUCCCAGGAGAACAGCCAUACAAGGCCACCACCACACAGCACAUGGUGACCAACACAUCCACUGUCCCUUCUGACUGUCCAAGUGAAGACAAAGAUCUCCUGAAUGAAAAUGUGCAAGUUGGGCUGCUGUUUGCCUCCAAAGCCACUGUCCAGCUCCUUACCAACCCAUUCAUUGGGCUGCUGACCAACAGAAUUGGCUAUCCGAUUCCCAUGUUUGCUGGAUUCUGCAUCAUGUUUAUCUCAACAGUUAUGUUUGCCUUCUCCAGCAGUUAUGCCUUCCUGCUGAUCGCCAGGUCCCUGCAGGGAAUUGGCUCCUCUUGCUCAUCCGUGGCUGGAAUGGGCAUGCUGGCCAGCGUGUAUACAGAUGAUGAAGAGAGGGGUAACGCCAUGGGGAUUGCUUUGGGGGGCCUAGCCAUGGGAGUCUUAGUGGGACCCCCCUUCGGGAGCGUGCUCUAUGAGUUUGUGGGGAAGACAGCUCCCUUCUUGGUUCUAGCGGCCUUGGUACUCUUGGAUGGAGCCAUUCAGCUGUUUGUGCUCCAGCCAUCCCGGGUGCUUCCAGAGAGUCAGAAGGGGACACCCCUAACUACGCUGCUGAAGGACCCAUACAUCCUCAUUGCUGCAGGCUCCAUCUGCUUUGCAAACAUGGGGAUAGCCAUGCUGGAGCCCGCCCUGCCCAUCUGGAUGAUGGAGACCAUGUGUUCCCGAAAGUGGCAGCUGGGCAUUGCUUUCUUGCCAGCAAGUAUCUCUUAUCUCAUUGGAACCAAUAUUUUUGGGAUACUUGCACACAAAAUGGGAAGGUGGCUUUGUGCUCUUCUGGGAAUGAUAAUUGUUGGGAUCAGCAUUUUAUGUAUUCCUUUUGCAAAGAACAUCUAUGGACUCAUCGCUCCCAACUUUGGAGUUGGUUUUGCCAUUGGGAUGGUGGAUUCCUCCAUGAUGCCUAUCAUGGGCUACCUGGUUGACCUACGGCACGUGUCUGUUUAUGGGAGUGUGUAUGCCAUUGCAGAUGUGGCCUUUUGUAUGGGAUAUGCUAUCGGUCCCUCUGCUGGUGGUGCCAUUGCAAAGGCAAUCGGCUUUCCUUGGCUCAUGACAAUUAUCGGGAUAGUUGAUAUUGUCUUUGCUCCUCUCUGCUUUUUUCUUCGAAGUCCACCUGCUAAGGAAGAGAAAAUGGCUAUCCUCAUGGACCACAACUGUCCCAUUAAAACAAAAAUGUACACUCAGAAUAAUGUCCAGUCAUAUCCCAUCGGUGACGAUGAAGAAUCUGAAAGUGACUGAGGCCCCUAAAGUUGCCAAGGGCUUAUGUGUAGCAGUGUUUCCAGGGAACUGACUUGUGCAGAGCUGUCUUAGUCACACCAUCCAUUCCUGGCAAAGAGUAUAACAACCAAAGGUGAUACUUUCUUUUCCAUGGUUAUGAUCGACUGCCAACAGCCUUAUAAAGAAAAAGCAGCUUUUCUAGGGGUUUGUAUAAAUAGUGUUGAAAACUUUAUUUUACGUAUUUGCUUUUAUUAAAUAUUAUACAAUAUAUUUUGACGAAAUAGGUAUAUUGUAAAUGUAUAAAUAUUUGAAUCCAAAUCAAAUAUAAUUUUUUAGCUUACAUUCACGAACACUUGGACAAAAAAAAAUCUUGUAUUUUUUCUGAAUACUGGUAAUGAGUGUUUAAAGCACACAUUAUCUGAGACUCUCCAACAAGAAACUAGAAGUCUGAGAAACAGAUCAUGUAAGACAGCGAGCGCCAUUAGAUAGCAACACUGAAUGUGUUGUUAUUUAACUUGUAAUUAGUAUCAAUGUAUUUAUGAGUUAAAAGCUAGUCGUUUCAAGCUCAGAGGACAAGAACUUUCAUCAGCCAUCUUUCAAACUUACUCAUAAACCUUUGCUGGCAUUAGUUUUCUAUUACAACCACCCACCUGGAAAGGGAUGGCUAUAAAUUCUGUUUUCUGUGUCAUAUCAUUGGCAGCAAACAUUAAAGCCAA